AUGCACGCACCUGUCAAGGAGUUGCAAAAGUGCCCGAGGAAGACCAUUCCGAGUAAUUUCAAUCAUUUUUAUGUGUUUUUGUGGGACGUUCGCAUGUCUGGGACGUUCGCUUAUCAUUACAGUGCGGCUAGCAGCAUGAUGUCAAAUGCCCUCCUUGUUGUAAAUGCUCCACGGCUUCUCCGCUUCGGCAUUAGGGCUAAUGCAUCGGAAGAAGACCAGGAGCUUUGCCAGCUCAGAGCCUUGCCAGGGGCGAACUGCGGGAAGUCGUUGAAAGUCGGACGUGUCAGAUAUUAUAGGCCCAACUGCCGGUGGAGCCCAGCAACCGUGGACCCCGCAUCGACGAUGGGUCAUGCUCCGGACCUGAGACCCCGGUCCGCCCGGAAGAGGAGCCGGAGCCGGAGCGGGAGCCGGAGCCGAGACUUCGGACCACGCCUUGACCGACCGGCGAAGCAUCCCAAGCGUGGACCGGAACCGGCCGACGCCGUUGUCAAGCAUGGAUUGCUCGCCCAAUAUUAUCCCGAGAUCCAAACGUUGCGCCAGUAUGCCCUGUCGAAACUGCCCCCGUCUUCACGCAUCCGGCGCAGGAGAAUCGCAUCGCUGGGACUGGGCCCACCUUCCCCGGAACGGCCCUGCACCGAAGAAGAAGCAGCCCUUGGGGAGCUCCUUGACUCAACCAUCGUCACUCGCCGUCAGCAGGCUGAGGCCAACCAUGACCACCGCUGGGAACAGUGGGCCGGCUUCUCGCAGAAAGGCGACGAGUCGUACGUGACUCUUUCAGACGGGCUCAAGGGAUCCAUCUACUCGCAGUCAGAGAUCGUCGACUUCGCCGUUUGGGUCCUCUUCUCUCGGGAAAGCGUUGGAUCUUGGCCCAAGCAUCUCCUCUGCGACGGCUUUCGGAGACAGGCCUGCCCAAAUAACAGAUCUGCCUCCGCCGCCGGCAUUACGACGACAAUUCCGGGCUUGUGUUCAAUUUAUCCGAACCAGCACGUGCAGACGCUGAAGGCCUCUCCUUGGCCUCAGCUACUCAUGCAGUUGGGCAAGGAAGGGGAGCGCAUCAUGAUCGGUCUCCUGCUUGACUGCGCAAUAUUCAGGCCUGUGAAGGCGGGUAAGGGGAACUUCCACCAACUGAGCGGGAUCCCACUCUCGGAACUUGAGCCCUUGAUGAACGUCGGGGACAAAGGAAAGUCCCCGCCAACGGCUUCAGACACGAAAAAUGUGGCACUUCGGCCAUCUGAUAUCUCCUUUGUCAGGAGUAGAAUGCUUUAUGCUAGGGCUGCUCUCAACGCUCAAGGCCUUGUUCACUUUGGCUUGCGCCAUAUCCCCCUACCAGACCGACAUGAUGAGGGUACCAUACACGUCAUGAUGUACAUGUUUCCUCGGCAGUUCGGCCUCCACAACGUGUUCACAUCGGCUGUAGACCGCCAACAGACAGCCCAAAAAUUCCACGAUUACACGCUCCGGGAAGAGGAGAUCAAAACGAAAUUUCCACCGUCGGAACGCGGGGCCACACCCCGCAAACAUGUCUCUAAUCGGCUCAGAGGCAAGGCUAUGCACCUGGUCCAACGGUUCCGGGUGUUUCACGCACGCUGCUCUUACGCAGAGAUGUUGCACCAUUACUGCCCGGUACCCGCGCAAGUUGGUGACCAGAGACCAACCCUACCGGCUUCUAGUAGGACUCUGCCGUCGUCUUCCAGGUCAUCAGCAAAGCCUGCGAAGGGCGGAAAGCGGUCAAGGCCCUCAGCCGCGCCUGUUCCGAACCUCCAGUAUGCCGCUCUCACUGAGCUGGCCACACCCAUCACCAGUGUCUCGGCCUUCUGUCAGGCCGUGGUGGUCAAAGUCAUACCGAACGAGUUCUGGGGCCAGGGUCCUACUCAAGAGCAUAACAAAGCAUGCUUCCUGAGAAAAGUCCACCACUUCAUCCACCUUCGGCGAUUCGAGAGUAUGUGUCUACACGAAGUGAUGCAGGGAAUGAAGGUAAGCAAUUUCUACGUCACCGAGUCCACUGUCGACCGGUACCGUCUCUUUUUCUUCCGCCAUGAUGUCUGGCGCUACGUGGCCGAGCCAGCCAUGGCCGCUCUCAAGACAAGCAUGUUUGAGGAGGUCAAGACGGAAGAUGCUCUCCGCAUUUUACAGUCUCGCCGACUGGCCUACUCCCAAGUGCGUCUCCUGCCCAAACAGAACGCGAUGCGGCCCAUCAUGAACCUGCGCCGGCGGACGCUGCUUAAAGGAGGCCCAGUCAACUCGAUGCUCAAGCUUGAAAAGUCUCGGAAUCCGGACCGCCUGGGAUCCUCGCUGUUCUCUGUCGGAGAUAUUUACCAGCGCAUGAAAGCGUUCAAGGGCAAGCUCGGCGGUGGGAACCACACGUUCUACUUUGCCAAGGUGGACGUCCAGGCGGCCUUUGACACGAUCCCUCAGCGCGCCAUGGUCGACCUGCUGAAGCACAUUCCCCGGCAGACCUCGUACAAGAUGCUAAGGCACGCCGAGAUCGCCCUGCCGGAGUCAGCGUCAGAUACUGCCCCGGAAGCCGCCACCAAGCCGAUCAAGCGGUGGCACACGACGGCCAAAGCCAAUAACGACACGCGCAGCUUCCCUGAGGUGCUCGAGUCGUCUCUCGCCGCCAAGAAGAAGCACACCGUCUUCGUCGACAGCGCCGUCCAAAGGGCCCGCGAUACGGGGGAGCUCCUGGCGCUCACGGCAGCCCACAUCGAGCAGAACCUCGUCCGCAUCGGCAAGAAGUACUACCGCCAAAAGGCCGGCAUCCCCCAAGGGUCGGUGCUGUCGUCGACGCUCUGCAACUACUUCUACGCCGACCUGGAACGCACGCAGCUCGCGUUCCUGUUGCAGGCCGAGGACUGCCUGCUGCUGCGUCUGAUCGAUGACUUUCUCCUCAUCACCACUGACCGGGGCAAGGCGAGCCGGUUUGUCGACGUCAUGCAUAGGGGUGUGCCCGAAUAUGGGGUGGCGGUCAACCCGGGGAAGAGCCUGGUAAAUUUUCCGCUGAGAGUGCGUGGGACGGACGUGCCGAGGGUGGAGGAUCGGGGCAAGUUUCCGUACUGUGGGUUGUUGAUUGAUUGUGGGACGCUCGCGGUGACGAAGCAGAGGGAGGCGGGGAAGGGUUCGGCGGUCUUCAACUCCCUCACGGUCGAGUACUCGCGCUGCCCAGGCAGGAACUUCAAGCGGAAAAUCCUCAAUCCGGAUAUUCUGCUAACCCAGCCCCAAGACGCCUUCAAAAUCCAAUCCCACCUUUUGUUCUUCGACACGUCGCACAACUCGCACCGCGGCGUGCGAGGGAACAUCUAUGCCGGAUUUGUCGAGACGGCGACCAAGAUGUGGGCAUAUGCGCGGUGCAUGCCCGGCCGGCCCGGGACGGCUCUACUCGUCGAUACGAUCAAGACGCUGAUUGAUGUAGCAUUUGUGCUUCUGACGAGCCGGGCGAGGAAGGAGCGGUAUCCUGGACAGGUGUUGAUUAGGAAGCAGACGGGUUAUACGGAGGUGAUUGCAUGGUUGGAAGAGGAGACCCGGAAGCUCUCUGGUCGGAAAGGGCUGGAUGUUGAAGGGCUGGUUGCGGUUGCGAAGAAACACCCAGUGGCGAGCGGCAGUAGGAAGCUGAAGUUGUAG